UAUACUGAAGGCUUCCGUCUCCUGAACCGUAAGGGAAAUCCCUCGCGCAUGCGCAUUACAGUUUUAUCGCACACGUGUAACAUGGAGCCUACAGCGGGAAAUAAAGUGGAGCUAGACAGUUUUCAGGUAAAGAAAGCUGUGCAGGCGCUUCAGGCCUAUUUAAAGAGCACCUCAAACCAGAAGCAACUUCUCAAUGAAACUGAACAAAUCUGUCUUCUGCUUACAUUUUGGAAGAUUCCCAAAAAAGAUCAGACCAUUCGCAUUCCUCUGCCUCAUGCGCUCCGCAACGAGUCAGUCGAGGUUUGCCUCUUCACACGGGACGAGCCCAACAUGACUGCAGAUCAGACUGAACGGUUCUACAAGAAAUUACUCACUCAGAUUGGGGUCAAAUAUAUGCCUCAGGUGAUUCCUUUUAAAGUACUGAAGACUGAAUAUAAACCAUUUGAAGCCAAAAGGAAACUACUCAGCAACUUCGACAUCUUCCUGUCAGACGCACGCAUUCGCCGCCGUUUACCUUCCCACAUUGGGAAACAUUUUUAUCUGCGGAAGAAGGCUCCUUUGUCUGUGGACCUGACCAACAAACACCUGGCCAAAGUUUUGGACAGGCUCAUUCAGGGUACAACCCUCACCGUCGGCAACAAAGGCUCCUGUUGCCUGGUGCGUGUCGCACACUCUGGGAUGACUACAGAUGAGAUUGUUGAGAACAUAGACGCAACUGUUGGCACCAUUUCAAAAAAGUUAUUUAUGAAAGGAAAAAGCAUCAAAAUCAUCCAUCUGAAAAGUCACACCUCUGUUUCUCUUCCCAUCUACACCUCUGACCUGAGUCACCUGAAACUGCUGGAGGAGGAGCUGAAGAAAGCCAGUUUAGCAAAGGCAGCAAAGAAGCAGCAGAAGGGCAAAAAGAAAUCUGGUCUAAAGGACAAGGCUGCAAAAGAAGCAGUAGCCGAGAAGGAUGUCAAACUUGAUGGUGGGGAUGAUGAUGGUGAAAAUGUUAAGGAAGAGGAGGAGAUCCCACAGUUGGUGCCUAUUGAGUCUCCUAGCAAAAAGCCUAAGCUGGAGGACGCACACAGAAAGGGCUCAAAGAAAGUCCCCAAGUCAUCUGCAACCAAAAGAGUCCAGAAACCCAAACAAGGACAAAGGAAGAUGGUCAAAAAAGCACCAAAAACCCAACAAAAGAAACAGAAAAAAGCAUCUGUCUAAUAAAACUGUUUUAUAUAAAAAAAACUUUCCUUGCAAACUUUCCAUGUUUAUCAGUGCAAGGACAAGACUUCUCAAAUAUAUACAAUUAUAUCUGGUGUUUGUUACAUACGGCUAGUUUGUACAUUUGUAAGAAAUAAACACUAUUUGCUCAUG